AUGGACAUCCCGAUGGAAAACGAUUCUGACCCCCCAUUGGGAAAGGGUUCCGACACCCCGAUGGAUAUGGGCGACGAUUUCGACAUCCCAAUGCGCGACCGCUCCUCCUCCACUAUUAGCAACUCCAGCAGCUCCGCCAACAUUAGCGACGCCUCCUUCACGCCUUCCAUAGCUAGCAACAAUAGCGGCUGCACGACCCCUCCCCAUGCCACCGGCCGGUCGGAUGACGUGCCCCAGCGCCCCGGGCGUCGAGCCGUCGUCACACAGGUAGGUCCCAUUCGACCUCUCUUCCUCACAGAGCCUUCGGUCCCACUACCACUGACCGUAGGCAUAGAACUCGAGAUGCUCCUCGUAUACGACCUCAAGGCCACGAAUAUGGACUAUGGCGAUCAUGACGCCAUACUGAUGAUGGUCAUCAAAGCGCUAUCGAGUGCGGGGGUCAACGCGUGCCAUGAGUGGGACACUUUAGACCUCCAUGAGGGCGACUCGGCCAAAUACGCGCGCUGGGGGGUCGGGGUGGACAUGUCUGCAGGUGACGCGCAUCCCGCGUAUGAUUCGGAUCAAGGGUGCCUCUGCAGGUCGGAAAAGCGAGCAUGGGGCUGCACGGAUUUCAUGGAUUACCACCGGCGUAGGGACGAGUACGGCUUUCUCGGGUUGGAGCUGAAGAGCCCGAAGUACGCGUUGGAUGGCGGCGACGAUUGGCGGGAUGACGUGCGGCGCACGUUGAAAGUGCUGCAUGGGCAUUUCGACGACCGCGCGUCCGGCGACUGUUUCCGACUGUACCAGCACGACACGACGGGGGUCCACGUCCACGUGGGGGUGGGGACGCAGACAGAGAGGCACAGGCUGCCGCUGGAGUCAGUCAAGAGCUUCAUGCAGCUGGUGACGGGCUUCGAGCGCAUCACCGACGAGCUACAUGCAACCACGCGUUUCGACUCUCGCGCUCAGUAUUGCGCGCCGCCAUCGCAGCACUACAGGUGGAUAAUCCCGCAGUGGUUGAGAGGCAGAGACCACGUGGAAGCCGUCGACGACGCCAAUGCUGUGGUUCGUGCCCGCUACGAUAACGGAGAAACGUGCGAAAUGGACAAUUCUGUGGUCCGUUGGUGUCAGGAGAUCGAAAAGAUUGGGGAGUUGAAUGAUAUCGAGGGAUACGAGAACCGCGAGACUGCAUACAACCUCCAGAACCUGGACGUUGACGCUGAUGGCAACUUCUGCGGAGACUGCAAGGGGACCAUCGAGUUCAGACAACAUCGCGGCACGACGGAUGCCGAUGAGAUCUUCGCGUGGGUCGAGGUGGUGACAAGUAUGGUACGCUUCGCACACACGACGGCCUUGACGGGCAGCAUGCUGUCGAUUGUCAAGCAGCAUGUGUAUGAUCCGGCCAUGGGCCUCGGCGGGUUCCUGCACAUGAUUGGGGUGGCUGACAAGACAGUCGACUACUACAGCAAGCACGUGGAGAAGCCGGCGGCGAGUGAACUGCCCGGGUCGCGGCUAACGCCGCUGACAAGCGAUCUCGCGCGGCGGCGGCAGCAGCAGAAGGACCCGGCCCAAGUCAUGCGGGCCAUCCUGCUACGCCUCGCCUCAGGCGAUUACGGAGUGCCAAUUGAGGUGAGCAGACAGCUUGUACGGGAGAAGUACCCGCCGGUCGACGCAGCACCGCCGGACUACAAGUGGAAGUGUGAACCGCCCGAAAUGUUUCCUUUGAAGUACUAG